AUGUUCCUCUCUGUGGUAGAGGAAUUGAUUCGACCUUGCGAUCUCCCCUACCUCAAGAAAGAAACCCUAGACGAGAUGCACGAGCCGACGAUUCGGAAUCGGCAGGUUGACUUCUGCGAGAUGUUGUCAACGUCGUGCGAAAGAACACUCUGGGGUCACUACCAGACAGUGACGAGCCUCGGCCAGCAUGAGAACCUGCUCUUCUCCUCGUCGAUGGACAAGACUGUGAGAGUUUGGGAUAUGACGACGGGUGAAUGUAUCAGAGUGAUUGACCUGUACUUCGAUGAGGUGGUCUCUUGCCUGGCGGUUGGCAGCGGCAGGUACUCACUCCAGCUGUUCACGGGUUCAAACUACCUCCACACCUUUCAAAUCGCAGAGGAGAUGCUUCAAUCCAAUUCGACCAUCCCCUGUCUGCAGAAGUUCAACCGGCACCAGGGCAACAUCACAUGCCUGGUACACAGGCGAAUCAACCCCAACAUCCGCCAUGAACUUGCUCACGGGCUCGUCAGACUGUACACAGCAUCCAGCGAUCGGAACAUCCAUGUCUACGAUGCAACAUUCAUAGGAGAUAAGGGAGCCGACGCGGAAGGGCCCGAGCCCUUAGGGGUGCUCAAAGGUCACAACAGCUCCAUCACCGCACUGUGUGUCGACGAUCGACGCAUCUUCUCAGGCUCCAUGGACACUACAGUCAGGAUCUGGGAUGUCUUCAGCUUCGCGGCCCUCGCCAUGGUGGACCUCCAGGGCAACAUCUGCAAUGACUUGCUGUCGUACGGGGGGCGGCUGUACGUGGCCACUAGCGAUCAGUCGAUCAUAGUGAUGGACCAUCUGCAGUCCAAGAUCAUAACAAGACUAGAGGGUCAUAGCGCCUACGUGACCAGCCUCUCCUCGUUCACCUCCGUCCUCGUCUCUCAACUCCAUGAGGUGGUUCAGGAUGAGAACCCGAGCUUCGAGAGCCCCAGGCGGGCUCAGUCGCAGCUGACGAUGUCGGAGUACCGGACCGGCGAAGAGUGCCAGCGGUUUUGUUGCGUCACCAUCAGCCUGUUGAAGGCAAGGGACCUGGACGUGGCGGACGUUGGAAUGGACGGCGAGGGCUCCAGUGAUCCGUUCGCUGUGGUGAUCGUGGGGGGGAUCGUGAAAGUGAGCGGGAAGUUGUAUAAGGUUGAGGAGAAGUCCGCCCGGACCAGGGUGAUGAAACAGAACAGGAAUCCGAGAUGGAACGAAACAUUCUUCUUCAUCCUUCCCGAGAUUCGAGACAUCAAGUCGCCCACAGGCAGCAGCGUGCGCAACAUCCCUGUCAGAGUGGAGGUCUGGGACUGGAACGGUACAGGAGAUGACUUCAUGGGGUCUUGGCACGGCGUCGUCGGCGACCUGCUACCGGACUACCUCACCAGAGCAUGCAAGAUCUCAGGCGCUGACGGCACAGGCCCUCCCGAUGGAGCCGACUAUGGCGGCUGGGUGCCGAUCUCGCCUGAUGCUCUGCUGGUGGGCAGAGAGACGCCUCCUGCGGUCGGCAUGCGAGUGAAGGUGUCGAGUGAAGGACAGGAGUGGCUGAAGAGGAGGGACAACGUGGACGAGUCGAAGGGAGGUCCCGGCGUCAUUACCCGAGUCUCGCAGGACAAGCAGGCCUGCAGGGUAAAGUGGGACACGAGCAUCGGGAGGACGAGGAAGGGGGAACAGUUCCCUGAUGGCUGGGAAUGCGCAGUGACGUACUCUGCUGGGAAGGGAGGUAGCUAUCAUCUGCAGGUGCUGGACGACAAGGAGAACGAUCAUGGAGAAGUGUUGAUAUUCUGUAACACCUUCAUCCCUGUCUGUGGAGAAAACUUUGUCCUCGAGCCCCAUCGGCACUUCCUGGCCUCCGGAUCAGAUGACGAGACCAUCAGGUAG